GUACGCAAGAUUUAACAACCGUUAUCUGCCAGUGACGACACACAAAACGGAAGCACUGAAGUUAACCGUGACGGUAAGCAAUGUAAAGGAAUUAAAAAAAACCUGCAACAUAACACUGCAGACAACUUAGAAAUGAAAUGGAGAACACCUUUUAUGUUCGUAUGGUUGAUAAGAUUCGACCAGAGCGGUGCAUGGCAAAACCCAUUUACCAUCCAAAGCCGAAUGGAUGUGAUGACCGUUUUGUUUCAGAAUUGUUUGAGCGUUGGAAGUCGUUGCAAACAUUUAAGAGCAAGUUUAUUUUCGGUACAGAAACUUACACGUCUGCAAGACUUAAUGUGCCUCUGCUGUUCGAUGAAGCCUUGGCCCGAUGGAGAAACUUUUCGAUGUCAAAACUGGAUUCUGGUCUCCUCUACAGUUUUGAAUAACUUCCCGCUUGUGCCAUGUGCUGGGUCUCAAAAUGAUUCGUGUGGGACUAAAAGUACACUCUAUCGAGCUCGGUAUACCGGAUACUAGUUUAACUUCAAGAAAAUACAGUAUUUUAAUUAAAUCAACCAAUUUUGUAAACUUUCUCUUGCCGGCAACGAACAAAACCGACGCAAUGGACCAGCAAUGUUCCGAGUCUUGUUAGGCUUCAUUAAGUCAAACAAAAUUUCAUUUCAAAAUUAUUUAAUUGAAAAAUGCAUCCCAAGCGAUAAGAUCUAUGCUAGUGAAAACUAAAAACUUUUUUCUUCCUCUCUUGCCUAUUGUUCUCCUUUCCCACCAUUUCCUCCAAAUGUUCAGCCCCUUAACCGAGAUCCACCACACGGACGAGCGUCUUGGAAGUUUACCGUCUUUGCGCAGGACGAAGGAGGCGAGGGUUUGGUGGGCUUUACGGAGGUUCAGAUCAACCUGAAAGACGUCAACGACAAUGCGCCCCAGUUCCCGAACGGGAUUGCGUACGGCAACGUGACCGAAAAUGGCCCCAUCGGCAUGUACGUGAUGACAAUAAAGGCCGAAGACUAUGACGAUAUCAACGAAGGCACUAACGCGAAGAUCAUUUAUUCGAUCGAGAAGAACGCUAUCGAGGAGGAUACUGGUUUGCCGAUCUUCGACAUCAAUCCGGACACGGGACUCAUCACGACGGCGGUAUGCUGUCUCGAUCGGGAGAAGACGCCCGACUACUCGCUGCAGAUAGUGGCCACCGAUGGCGGAGGUUUGAAGGGUACGGGGACAGCUUCCAUCAAGGUGAAGGAUCUGAAUGAUAUGCCGCCUCGUUUCACCAAGGACGAGUGGUUCGUCGAGGUUGAGGAAACCGAUGGUAGUGUGCUGCCCGAGGCUCCGAUACUAACCGUGACGGUGAAUGACGAUGAUGAGAUAAACAAUUUCCAGUAUAAAAUCAUUGAAAGCAGUGGUUACGGGGCGGAUAAGUUCGCGAUGGUAAAGAACGCGGACGGUACGGGGAGUUUGAAGGUGGUCCAGCCGCUAGACUAUGAGGAUCCGAUGCAGAUAAAUGGCUUUCGAUUUCGGAUACAGGUGAUUGAUAACGAUGAGAUUGACGAGAGCGACAAGUACCACGUUGACCAUUCGUGGGUGAUUGUGAAGUUGAAGGAUAUUAACGAUAAUACGCCUCGCUUCAAGAAGCCGCACAUCGAGGCGGCUGUGUAUGAAAACGCGGACGUGGGGAAAAACUUGGGCACCUUCAAGGCGGUCGACAUUGACAAGGGCGGUAAGAGCAAAAUUACCUACAGCAUUAACCGUGCUACGGACCGAAAGCGCCAGUUUGCCAUCGACCAGGAAGUUACGGAGACGAUCCAGCGUGAACUGGAUCGGGAAGCGAUGGCGAAACACUCACUUGAAAUUUUGGCCACCGAUGACGGUGUACCGCCGCGCACGGCCUCCGCCAUCUUGACUGUGCUGGUGAAGGACAUCAACGAUAAUGCGCCGGUAUUCGCGGAAGAUUAUCGGCCCAUUCUGCUCGAAAACUCACCGCCGUCGAAGAUUAUCGAAAUCUCCGCCGUCGAUAAGGAUGACCGACUAGAGGGCAAUGGGGCACCGUUCCAGUUCCGCAUGGACCCGGACGCAGACGAUGUGAUUCGGACGUCAUUCAAGGUGGAGCAGAGUAACAAGGGUGACGGUAUGGCGAUCAUUUCAUCGCUUGGUUCGUUCGAUCGCGAGUACCGCAAGCAGUACACCAUUCCAAUUGUUAUCAAGGACUCGGGAACGCCAUCCCAUACCGGCACCAGCACGCUGACGAUCACGAUCGGUGAUCUGAACGAUAACAUCAUGCAGCCCGGCUCCAAGGAGGUGAUCGUGUACAACUACCAAGGCCAGGCGCCAGACACACCGAUCGGGCGUGUGUUCGUUAACGAUCUCGACGAUUGGGACACCUCGGACAAGCUGUUCUAUUGGGAUGAGGCCGAGAAUCCACGCUUCAAGCUAGACGACACAUCCGGCAUGGUGACGAUGCGGCGCGGUGCUCGCGAAGGACGCUACAAGCUGCGCUUCAAGAUCUACGACCGCAAGCACGCGCAGGAAUCGUACGCGAACAUGUCGGUAGUGGUGAAGCACAUCUCCUACGAGGCGAUCGUCAACUCCGGCUCAAUCCGGCUGAUCGGCAUUACGGAUGAGGACUUUAUACGCAUCUGGAACUAUCGUACCCAGAACAUCUUCCGCAGCAAGCUGGAGCGGUUCCGGGACAAGCUGGCGGAGCUGCUGAACGUGGACGUGAAGAAUGUGGACGUGUUCAGUGUGCAGAUGAAGGACCGCUCGGUGCCACUAACCGAUGUGCGGUUCGCCGUGCACGGCGCGUACUUCUACAAGGCGGUGCAGCUGAACGGCGUGAUACUGCUGCACAAGGAGGAAAUCGAGCAGGAGGUGGGCAUCAACAUUACGAUGGUGAACGUGGACGAGUGUCUGCUGGAGAAUGCGGACUGUGCCGGGUCAUGCACCAGCAUCAUCGAGGUUCAAACGAACCCCUGCCUGGUGAAUGCGAACAAAACCGCCCUGGUUGGGGUGCAGAUUAACUCCACGGCGGAGUGUGUAUGCAGCUCGCGAGAGUACAAGCAGCAACAGACCUGCAAAUCCCAUCCCUGUCUGAACGGCGGUCGCUGCAUCGAUUCCAAGUCGGGUAUCAAGUGCUCGUGUCCACCUAGCUACAAGGGACCCCGCUGUCAGCAGGUCAUACGUAGCUUCCGUGGCAGUGGCUGGGCCUGGUACCCACCGCUCGACAUGUGCGACAAGUCGCAUAUUAGCGUCGAGAUCAUCACAACGAAGCCGGAUGGUUUAAUUUUCUACAACGGACCUAUCACACCACCGAAGGAGGACGACACGUCCAAGCAGCUGUCCGACUUUAUUGCACUCGAGCUGGAGCAGGGUUAUCCUCGGUUUCUCAUUGAUUACGGCUCGGGUACGCUAGAGUUACGCAUCGCGACCAAACAUCCGCUCAACGAUGGCGAAUGGCACCGGAUCGAUCUGUUCUGGGACACUGAGCAGGUGAAGAUGGUGGUCGAUUUCUGCAAGACGGCCGAAAUUACCGAAGCCGACGACGGCAACCUGGUCGAGUUUAUCGACCACACCUGCCAGGCGCUGGGCAAGGUGCCGCAGUUCAACGAAUAUCUGAAUCUCAACACGCCGCUCCAGAUUGGCGGUGUGUUUAGGGACAAGUUUGACUACACGUACAGUCGCUGGCAGUACAUGCCGGUGGGGGUCGGUUUCGAAGGGUGCAUUCGCGAGUUUAAGCACAACGGAAUUCUGUACGACCUGUCCCACCCGGGACUGUCUAAGGGUAGUGCGCCCGGUUGUUUGUACACGCAGGAGGUGUGUGAUCUGAAUCCACAGGUCACCCGGUGUCUCGAGCACGGCAAGUGUGUCGGUAGCUAUGUCGAGGCCAAGUGUGAAUGCAAUCCCGGUUGGACGGGCACGUACUGCAGCUUGCCGACCACGCCGACCAUCUUCAAGACGUACAGUUACGUGAAGUACGCGCUCAGCUUCGAGCCGGACAAGUUCACGACGCAGAUUCAGCUGCGGUUACGCACACGUGAAACGUACGGCGAGCUGUUUCGUAUCAGCGAUCAGCAUAUACGCAAGUACGGCAUCAUCGAGCUGAAGGAUGCCAAGGUGUACUUCCGGUACAGCUUAAACACGGGCCAAGUGGAGGAGCAGGAGGUAGCGUUGACUGCGGUCGAGGUGGACGACGGACAGUGGCACGUGGUGAAGGUGCAACGGUACGGCUCAGCGGCCAUCCUGGAGCUGGACGGAGGUGAGGGUGCCAACUUCAACCAAAGCUUCUCGUUCGACGGACAUCAGUGGCUGUCAGUGGACAAGCAGGAGGGUGUGUAUGCAGGUGGCAAGCCAGAGUUCACUGGCAUCAAGACGUACGAUGUCAAAUCGGACUAUCAAAAGAGUUGCAUCGACGAUAUCAGAUUGGACGGUAAAAGCUUGCCACUUCCGCCAGCCACCAACGGUACCCAGUGGGGUCAGGCCACGAUGGCGAAGAACAUCGACCGCUACUGUUCCUCCAACAAUCCUUGCCAGAACGCGUACUGUCCAGAUCCGUUCGAGUGUGUCGACCUGUGGAACAAGUAAGAGUGCGCUUGUGGUGUUGGUAUGACUAUCUCACCGGAAGGCAAAACCUGCAUCGAUCGAAAUGAGUGUCUAGACUAUCCUUGUCUAAAUGGAGGCACAUGCAUAAACCAGGAGCCGCGCCAAAAGUACAAAUGCAUCUGUCCAGACUCGUACUGGGGCGAGAGUUGUGAGUUUCUGAAAGAACGACAAGCGAUUAAAAUCAGCACCAGUGCCUUGGCCGCCGUUAUAGCCGGCCUAUUACUGAUCAUUAUUUUACUGUUUGUUUAUUUUUCCUGCUCCCGGCGUCGUUCGGCUAACUUCAACAAGAAGCCGGCCACCAAGGACGACAUCCACGAAAACAUCAUCAACUACUGCGACGAAGGUGGUGGCGAGAACGACAUGACAGCGGUUGACAUGAAGACACUCAAGAUCCCGAUUGGACAGCUGCCAGAGCUUGUUCAACAUAAGGCACCGCUAGUACGUCCAGAUAUUGCCGUCGUGUCCGACCAGGUCGUCGGCAAGGUGGACGUGUUCCUGGACGACCGGAAGCGACGCGUCGACAUCGACUCAGCAUCCGGGCCAUUCGACGAUCUGCGUAACUACGCCUACGAAGGUUGUGCGAGUACCUCUGGCUCGCUAAGUUCCUUACAGUCAGGUAAAUCAAAAAAAUCGCCCAAACCCAUAAUAAUCUUCCAAACCUGCCCCGAACAGCACACGACGAUAAACACCUAAACUGUCCUCCCUGUUCCUACCGUUUCGAUAAGUUAAUCAAUAUUUACGAACCAAGCGAAGCGCAGAUCGAAGAUGACGAUGUUAGUUAAGAGUAACUGUAGCUAUCGCAGGUGUUGUACGUCUCUUGUUCCCUAGGUCAACAAGAAACAAGAUAAGCAAAGUCGUCGUAUAUGAAACACGAUUUUGGUGAUUUUCUCACCAGCGUGCUGGUGGAACGGUAUAUAUUCUCUGUAAAAUAGUCCAUUAAAAUCUAUACUUACAUGCUAAUACCCGCGGAAACGAUCGUUCGAGCCGAGACGGAUUUAUAGCAUUGCAUUUUUGCACUGCACCAUUUCGCAGGAAAACAAGAAAUUGCAAAAUUGAUGAGAGUGCAUAGUUACAGAGCAAAUUUAAAUCGAAAUGUAUUAACCUUCAAUAGAUGGUUCCUUAAGGCUACAGACGAACGGUGCAGCUUGCAGGGUUGGAUUUCUCAGAAAACAAGAGCAUUAAAUGCUCGCUAUAAUUACGUAAGGUAAAUGGAGCAUCAUUGUGACAAUUCCAGAAAUUGUCAGCCGAUUAACAGUAAAUCAUGCAUGUAAAAAUCGAAUCUACAACCCAAAUAUAUCGUGUAGACACGUACUAGUUUCGUGCCAUUAGUGACACUGUAAAAACAGUAAAUAUUUCAAUUUGAAAGCACAAAUUGUUGAAAGAAAACGAGUUCCCUGAGCAGAAAUUACAUGAAUGGAAACUAGAAAGAGAUUGCUAAUUAAUGGAGCCAAAAAGAUGUUGUUUUUAAAAUGAUAUCGUCUAUUUGCAAAAUGUGUACACGUGUUCCUUGAGAAGGUGAGCGAAGCCACAUUGCCAUGUUGGUAAAUUGCAUCCAGAAAAUGAUCGAACAAUGUUGAUCUGGUGAAAGCGAACCAACGCAGUAACUGUAUGGUGUAGCCCAUGCUUCAAAUCGAUAAUGUUGUUUGCAUAUUUUCUGUAAUUUUUUUUCGUUACUGCAAUCGAACAAACAAUGCGAUAAUCAGAGACGAAAACUCUGCUCAAUAGAUGAAAGUCCUGAGAAACCUUGGAAUAGUAAAACGUCGUACACUCCGAUAUUCGCAACCCUUGUGAUGAACUCGUCCCAAUGGGGUAAACGCCCUUCCGGAAAAGCACAAACAAGAUCCAAUGAAAAUUAAAGCAGAAACCAAUAAUCAAACGAACCUACAUACGCACAUCAAACUCAUCCACCGUAGACAAGUUACAAAGCAAACACGAACUAACCAUCCCCCAAAACUGCCUGUUGAGCUAUUGUUGCCAAAGCAGUUGUGACAGCCGAAAUAGGCCGCCACGAUCAACCAGGUUCUAGCCGCUCCCGAAAUCCGAACGAACAAAACCGAAUGCUUAGUGGUGUUUAGAGAUCAUUAGCGAUCAAUAAGCCGGAGAAGCGAACGCGUGUGUGCGCUAGAGCUGAAAUAAAUACUUUUGUCGGAUUAAAACAAGCAGCGAGAUUAACGUGAGUUUUUAUUUAUUUUAACAAUAGUUAAAGUUAAAGAAACCAUUAGAAUUUUUUGUCGCAAAAUUCUACAGCUAUAUUAGGGAGCUACUGUUGGCCAAUUUGAGAAGCGUUUAUUGAACGAGUUGCAAUGAAUGAACGUUAAUAAAGUGUAGUUUGCUGCAUUUUCCUAAUGCUCUGCAAUCCUAUGCGUCCGGAAGGCAGAAAUGCAUCCUGAUUGUACAGAGGAGAUUCGCUUAACAAAUAGCAUACUGAUGGUUGAUAAUGUACGAUUAAAAGUACUUCCUUUCGAUAUAUAUUUCCUGCAUCUAUAUUCUAUCGGAGCAUGCAUUUACACAUUUUAUAAGAUUAUUAAACAGUUGAGGUUGGGUAGAACGUUGGGAUUUUGAGUAGAAGAAGUAAUAGAUUUAUACAGCUUCUAUUGUUGUGCUCUUUAGUUCGGGUAUUUUUGACUAUCGAAAGAUGAACGAAUUGUUGACUUUCAAGUUGCUGUGAUUCAUUCUUCCAGCAAUGGUAUCUAAUUUAUUGUUGCGCUUAUUUAUACUGUCGCCUCAAUCCGAUCGUACUUCAUGUGUAAUCCAUCUGCAGUGAUUGUUAAAUGCUAGCAAAAGAAAGAAAAAUCGUUUACGGUUUCUAGUUAGAUACUGCCACCCGAGAUGUGAAAGGAUUGUUAUUCAGCUAGCUGAAUCAAGUUCAAACCCAUAUUUGAUACUUAUCUGUCUGCUAGAUCGGCCAUCGAGGUUGUAAUAAAGAAAAAUUAAACAUGAAACGAUCGUAGUGUGGGUAAAAAAGGGGAACUUUUUCGAUAGUAUUGACAAAAGAAUCCGAUUUACGUAGCAAAUACAGUUAAUUCAUCUAAUUGUGUAUGUGUGUGUAAACGAGAUGGGGGGAAAUGUAACAUACAAUACCAGAAAUAAACGAUAAAUAUAUUUCGUCCCCAAAAAACGAAAGCAAAAAUAAAUCAAAACUACACAAAUAUGUCCAAAUGGUAAUCGACAGAAAUAGGUUAAUUUUUCCAUCGAUUAUUUCCAUGCCACCUUUGCGCUGAAAUAAAAGUUAGACGAAUAAAAAAGUGAGUACGUUCAAAAUCAUGGUAGUACAUACGAACGAAUUGGUGACGUGUGAAGAAAAGGAAGCAAAACAACAAAAACACAAGGAGGUCAAAUGAAAAAAAAAAACAUAAAAAUCAAAUGAAAAAGUCGUACGUGCAUAUGUGAGGAACGUAAGUUGUAAAGAUAAGAGUUUAAUAAAAAAUAAAUAAAUACAAACAAAUUAA